GGAGUGCCCGCCCCUUCUCUCCGGAAGAGGCGGGGCUUCCAACCUCGAUUGGGAGUUCACUGUACAGCCUCAUUACUUUCACUUCGGGCCUUGAGAGAGAUGGCUGCGGUGCAGGAGCCUGGGGUGAACGUGGACGGCGGCGAGUCAAAACUGAGCAAGAAUGAACUAAAGAGACGCCUGAAAGCUGAGAAGAAAGUAGCGGAGAAGGAAGCCAAGCAGAAGGAGCUCAGUGAGAAACAACUAAGCCAGGCCAAUGCUGCUGCCACCAACCACACCACUGACAACGAUGUGGGUCCCGAGGAGGAGAGCCUGGACCCAAACCAAUACUACAAGAUCCGAAGCCAAGCAGUCCACCAACUAAAGGUCAGUGGAGAAAACCCAUACCCACACAAGUUCCAUGUAGACAUCUCGCUCACUCACUUCAUCCAAGAAUACAGUCACCUGCAGCCUGGGGACCACCUGAGUGACAUUACCUUAAAGGUGGCAGGUAAGAAGACUCCAACUUCACUGAGCUCCCUCUUUUGUUAUUUUAGUGAAGUGUUCAGAAAUAUAGUAGCUUGCUUUCUGAGAUUUCCAGGCUCUCUUUCCCCUUCGUUUUUGCUGAAUUAUAAAUCAGAAGAAGAAUUUGUUCGUAUCAAUAACAAACUGCGUCGGGGAGACAUAAUUGGAGUUCAGGGUAAUCCUGGGAAAACCAAGAAGGGUGAACUGAGCAUUAUUCCCUAUGAGAUCACACUGCUGUCUCCUUGCUUGCAUAUGUUACCUCAUCUUCACUUUGGCCUCAAAGACAAGGAAACACGAUAUCGUCAAAGAUACCUGGACUUGAUCCUGAAUGACUUUGUGAGACAGAAAUUUAUCAUCCGUUCUAAGAUCAUCACAUAUAUAAGAAGUUUCUUGGAUGAGUUGGGAUUCCUAGAGAUUGAAACUCCCAUGAUGAACAUCAUCCCAGGGGGAGCUGUGGCAAAACCUUUUAUCACCUACCACAAUGAGCUGGACAUGAAUUUAUACAUGAGAAUUGCUCCAGAACUCUACCAUAAGAUGCUGGUGGUUGGUGGCAUUGACCGGGUUUAUGAAAUUGGCCGCCAGUUCCGGAACGAAGGAAUUGACAUGACUCACAAUCCUGAGUUCACCACCUGUGAGUUCUACAUGGCCUACGCAGACUAUCGAGAUCUCAUGGAAAUCACAGAGAAGAUGAUUUCAGGGAUGGUAAAGCACAUCACAGGCAGUUAUAAGGUCACCUACCAUCCAGAUGGCCCAGAGGGCCAAGCCUACGAGAUUGACUUCACCCCACCAUUUCGGAAAAUCAGCAUGGUAGAAGAGCUUGAGAAGGCCCUGGGCGUGAAGCUGCCAGAAACGAACCUCUUCGAAACUGAAGAAACUCGCAAAAUUCUUGAUGAUAUCUGUGUGACAAAAGGUGUUGAAUGCCCUCCACCUCGGACUACAGCCAGGCUCCUAGAUAAGCUUGUUGGGGAGUUCCUGGAAGUGACAUGCAUCAAUCCUACAUUCAUCUGUGAUCACCCUCAGAUAAUGAGCCCUUUGGCAAAAUGGCACCGCUCUAAAGAGGGUCUGACUGAGCGCUUUGAGCUUUUUGUCAUGAAGAAGGAAAUCUGCAAUGCCUACACCGAGCUGAAUGACCCCAUGAAGCAGCGGCAGCUUUUCGAAGAACAGGCCAAGGCCAAGGCCGCUGGCGAUGAUGAGGCCAUGUUCAUAGAUGAAAACUUCUGCACUGCCCUGGAAUACGGGCUGCCCCCCACAGCUGGCUGGGGCAUGGGCAUUGACCGAGUCACCAUGUUUCUCACAGACUCCAAUAACAUCAAGGAAGUACUUCUGUUUCCUGCCAUGAAACCUGAAGACAAGAAGGAAAAUGUAACUGUUGAUACAUUGGAAGGCACAGCAGUUGGCACUUCUGUUUAGAAAAUAGUAAUUGCAAGUCACAGAACUCAGGCAUCUUUGCACUAUUGCAGAAGAUCAAGGACUGCAAGGGAAUUCUUGUAUGUUGCUAUCCACUUGACUAUUGCAGUUCAGUAACCACAGAGAGAAAAGGAAUUAAGAAUUCCUCUUUUACUUCUUGUUACCAAAUAAACCAUUUGUCUCUA